CUCAGCUGUAAGACGCGCGAGCGGAACUCCGGUGGAGCGCGGGGGACACUUCAUCCAAAUCAUAAGGAUUAAUUUGUUUUUGUCUCAAUGGAAAGUCAUUGAGUGAUUUUUUGGGUGGAUAAUCUCCACAAAGACAGGUUGUCUGAUCAUCCCGAGUCCUCUCCGCCACAAUGAGUUGGGGGGCACUCUACGCCCAGCUGGGCGGCGUCAACAAACACUCCACCAGUCUGGGAAAGAUUUGGCUCUCUGUCCUCUUCAUCUUCCGCAUCACGAUCCUGGUUCUGGCUGCUGAGAGCGUCUGGGGGGACGAGCAGUCGGACUUCACCUGCAACACGCAGCAGCCGGGCUGCAAAAAUGUCUGCUACGACCACUUCUUCCCCGUGUCACACAUCCGCCUGUGGUGCCUGCAGCUCAUCUUUGUGUCCACUCCCGCACUGCUGGUGGCCAUGCACGUGGCCUACAGGAAACGUGGGGACAAGAGGACCAUGCUGGCCUCCAAUGGCACCGAUCGGAUGACGGAUAACGACCUGGAGACUCUGAAGAGGAGGCGCCUGCCGAUCACAGGCCCUCUGUGGUGGACCUACACCUGCAGCUUGUUCUUCCGCCUCAUCUUCGAGGGCGGCUUCAUGUACGCCCUGUACUUCGUCUACGACGGCUUCGAGAUGCCCCGGCUGGUGAAGUGCGAGCAGUGGCCGUGUCCCAACAAGGUGGACUGCUUCAUCUCCAGGCCCACGGAGAAGACCGUCUUCACCAUCUUCAUGGUGUCCUCUUCCGCCAUCUGCAUGGUGCUGAACGUGGCCGAGCUGGGCUACCUCAUCGCCAAGGCACUGAUGAGGUGCUCCACCAGGUCCAAAAAGAGGAACCUGGCGUACACGGACAACAUGAUACGGGAUAAUGCCAAUGUGCAGAACAAGAAGAACGAGAUGCUGUUGUCCUCCAGCACAGAUUCCACCAGUAACAAGAUGUGUUGAGGGACGAUGGUGGUACCAGAGGAGAAGAGAAGCAUGAACUGUAAAUCCAAACAUCUGCAAUGAUCACAGCCUGUGUCCACAGUUUGGUAGUUUGGAUCCAAAUGUGAGCGUCCAGAAGGUGAAACAGCUCGUGAAGCAGAUUUGAGGACGGGAAAUACCAGAACAGAGAUUAUUUAGGUAGACAGCAGCGUAUGUAGCCGACCUUUAACCCCCAUGUGUAGGGAAGUCACUGUAUCAUGUGCAUAUUUCCUACAUAUUGACUCAAAUGUGCCACUAAAGGCAGUCUUCCCUGAUGAAAAAAGAUCUAAACGAAUGGAUCAUAUAACAGCGUCAUUGUAAAUCCGAUAGGAUACCAGUGAGUGUUACUUAAAGAACUAAAUUAUCGUCUGUAUUUCAGCUAAUCCCCCUGUGUUUCCUGACAUGAAUGUGCAUCAAUGGAAAUAAAUGGGGGUGUAAAAACGGCAAUCCAUCUCAAACAUCCAUUUAUAAACUCUGAUACAACCCGUGCGCUAUUAACUCAGUCUCAUUUAUCCAUUUGUAUGUGUAUUAUGUCCAAAACACAUGCAUUUCUGAUCAAAUGGUACUUCAGAUUUGAAAAUGCAAGAAGCGAGCUUACGCAAGCGAGACAAUCUAUGCAACAGUGUUUUAAAUAGUAAUGUUAAACCAAAAAUGCAUGUUUUUGAGAGGUUGUGAGCAUACGACUGUAUAAGUGAGACUUAGAUUAUAUUUCAGGACUUGCAUGAGAGUUUUUGAGUGAAGGUUUGAGAUGCCCCCGGUGCUGUUUGCUGUUUUUUUUAAUGCAGCCCCAACUUACUUCCAUUCAUCCAGAUUUUUCCAGCGUUUUGAUUGUUUGUUGACUGUGAAAGCAUCCAAGAUUUCUUCAAGAUCUCAAGGUUACACAGGGUGCUUAAUGGAUAUACAAAUGAUCAUUUUGUGGGUGAAGUGUUCCUUUUUAAAGAGCGUGAUUCAGGUAGUAUUUUCAUAAAAGAUAUAUCUUUGGAUAUGUGGAUCAUCCACAUUAGUGUCACCUUACUGUUCACGCAGCGGAUGGUUGAGUUUUAUUGAAGAUUUUGUAUUUAUUGAUAACAGUUUGAAGUUGCUUUAAUGUUUUGAAGCGGGGAGAUUGAGUCGACACUGACAUCUAGUGGUUCUGAGAGGAACCCCUGAGAGCACAAGCACCGUCCCUUAAAGCCUGGAGGAUUUAUGUGGUGUUGAACAAGAAAAAGGAGUACAAAUGAAGUCAUGAAAAGUGAAUGAAAAGUGCCUUUCGGAUUUACGUUCCUAGUGUUUAGUUUACAAGAGCUGACCUUUUUAUUUGACAUAUGUUUUACAGCUAUUGAUGAAAGCUUGUUUGUUUUGAAUCAAGUGACUGUAGCUUGAAGUUUGAUAAAUCCUAGUUCAAUAACUUUUUAGAGUUUUUGUGUUUAUAAUUACAGAUGAGUGUGUUGCACAGGUUGAGAUUAUGAUACACUACACCACAGUAGUCAAUCAAUCAGAAUGUCUUUUGUCUUUUACUUGAACUGAAAGUGUUUGAAGUGUGUCUUUUACAUGAGUGAAACGACCUAAACACACUGACAAUGUGUUGCUUAUUUUCACAAAUGCACGCCAUGUGAUAAAAUAUAUUAAAAUAUUUAAGUUUGGACUCUUUGAGAUGCUUAUAUUCUUCAGUCACCAUAUUGCAUAAUUAAUGCAAAUCUGGAUAUUGAAGUCUUGAAAGAAGAGGCAAAAAACAGAUGUCCCAAGACUCAAAAUCAUAGAUUUAGAAAUACUAAAAGGUGUUAAAACAUUCUGAAUCUUAUUUUGAAUCUCAAGAUGCUUAAUGUUUGUAAAGAUUCAGAGAUUUAAAGACAUUUCACUCAAUAAUUUUGCAUUUUUAACAUUUAUUUUGGCCCUCUGAAGUUGCUUUCAUCCUCCAAGUUUAUAUUUCAAAACUAGGAUCAUCAUUUGGGAUCACAACUAACUAAUGUCUGUUAUCAUCGGCUGAUUCCUAACCCCAAUAUUCACGUUAGUGUUGAAGCUAAUAAUCAAACUUGUUUUAAAACUCAGUCCAGACGUUUAGAUCCUCCUGUUGUAUUUUGGAUUUGUGUUGUUGCCGCAGUGUGUACUGAUCCCAGCUGGCUGUAUCAGCUUUCAGCAUGUGCCUUAUUUUAGCCCCAGCACUAAUCACCGCUCGGCCUCUUAACGUGACGAACUUCGGCCGAUCUCAAAGUGAAAAUGUCUUUGUCCUCCCUCCACAUCCAGGAAUAGCUGAUUUGGAUUAGUCACAUCUGUGUUGUGUGGACAAAGUUUGGAAAAGAGAUGUGGGAGACAAUUUCAAUCCUAUUUAUUGACAUGUUAUGACUGAUGCAGUUCUGUGGAGUUACAGAAUGAAGAGAAAUUGAAAAUCUAGAAAAAUGCUGAGUCAUGCAUGAUUUCAGACAAAGUAUUCUGUAUGUAGAUUGACAGAAACAAGACCGUGUGACUUCAAAUACAUUUUUGUGUGUGUCUGCUCUACAUUGACCUUUAACCCCUUGCUUUCUGUAACAGCCAAAUGACAUUUUGAUGCAACAUGUACUGUGAUGGCAAUGAGGAGUUUUUAAGGGAUGAACCUGAUUUUUGCAGUUUUGAGAUUUUAACAUUUUUCUAUCCAGAUGUUUUCCCACUCUUUAAUAUUCUGAUUUAACAGCAAGCAAACGUACUAAUGAACAGACAGUUUUCUGAGCACAAAAUAAAAAGAGUGUUUGUAA